CGGGCCAUACGCAUACACCCGCCACGCCGCCGCCAUGGCCACCUUUCUCGAGAACUCGUACAGCCUGGUGCACCAGGACAAUGCCGCCGACGUACCCUCACAGAACGAGCUGAAGACUGCUCUGGAAAAGGGCAGCGAUGAGCAGAAGAUCGAGACCAUGAAGAAGAUUCUCUCCAUCAUGCUCAACGGCGACCCUCAGCCCGGCCUGCUCAUGCACAUCAUCCGCUUUGUCAUGCCGAGCAAGUCGAAGCCGCUGAAGAAGCUCAUGUACUUCUUCUUCGAGGUGUGCCCCAAACACGACGCCCAGGGCAAGCUGCGCCAGGAGUGGAUAUUGGUCUGCAAUGCGAUUCGUUUCGACUUGCAGGCUCCCAACGAAUACGUACGAGGAAAUACAUUGCGCUUCGUAACCAAGCUUCGUGAUGCCGAACUUGUAGAGCCAUUGCUGCAACCCGUGCGCCAGUGUCUUACACACCGACACGCAUACGUCCGAAAGAACGCAACCUUUGCUAUUGCCUCCAUCUUCACACACCUUCCCGAGCUUAUGCCAGAUGCACCCGAUCUUCUGGUCACGUUCCUCGACGACGAAAACGAUCCGACGUGCAAACGCAAUGCCUUCGCCGCCCUCGUUUCCGUCAGCCACGAAAAGGCCCUCGAAUACCUCAGCACCGUCUUCGACGCCAUACCCAAUCAUGAGGAGCUUUUGCUGCUCGCCGAAUUGGAGUUUAUUCGCAAGGAUGCCGUAGUCAACCCUUCCAACAAGGCGCGAUAUCUCCGCCUGAUUUUCGACCUCCUUGAAUCACAAGUCUCGACCGUCAUCUACGAAGCCGCACAUGCGCUCACAACGCUCACAAGUAACCCAGUCGCGGUCAAGGCGGCGGCUGGAAAGUUUGUCGAAUUGGCCAUUCGAGAACCCGACAACAACGUCAAGCUGAUAGUUUUGGAGCGGGUAGACCAAUUACGGCAUAAGAAUGAAGGUGUGCUUGAUGAUUUGACCAUGGAGAUCCUCCGUGUCUUGUCCAGCACAGACUUGGACGUACGCAAGAAGUCGCUCGGCAUUGCAAUGGAAAUGAUUUCGAGUAGGAACGUUGAAGAGGUCGUUUUGCUUCUCAAGAAGGAGCUGAUGAAGACGGUGGAUGAACAGUACGAGAAGAACACAGAAUACCGGUCGCUGCUUAUCUCGUCGAUACACUCGGCCGCCAUCAAAUUCCCAGAAGUUGCCGCCAGCGUUGUCGGGUCACUCAUGGACUUCAUCUCAGAUGUCAGCAGCAAUGCCUCUGCAGUAGACGUCAUUUCAUUCGUCAAAGAGGUGGUCGAGCGUUUCCCCGACCUUCGGGUCUCCAUCAUCGAGCGACUGGUUUCGACACUGGGUGAAGUGCGCGCUGGCAAGGUGUACAGAGGCGUGCUCUGGAUCAUCGGAGAGUUUUCUCUGGAAGCAAAAGACAUCAGGGACGCUUGGAAGGGCAUUCGAUCAUCACUCGGCGAGAUUCCUAUCCUUGCCUCUGAGCAAAGGCUGCUCGACGAGGCAUCAGAAGGCAAAGACUCUUCGGAUCAGGUCAAUGGACACGCCAAGGCAGCUGCCCCUACUGGAUCCCGAAAGGUGCUUGCUGACGGAACAUACGCGACCGAAAGCGCUCUCACAUCAUCGGCUGCUGCCAAGGCGAAACUCGAAGCUGUCAAGAACUCUCAGAAGCCUCCGCUUCGUCAACUCCUGCUUGAUGGCGACUACUACCUUGCCACGGUUCUGUCGAGCACUUUGACCAAGCUUGUCAUGCGACAUGGAGAAAUCUCUCAGGAUACCGCACGCACAAACGCUCUCCGUGCAGAAGCCAUGCUAAUUAUGAUUUCCAUUAUCCGUGUAGGCCAGUCGCACUUUGUCAAGACAUUGAUCGAUGAGGACUCUAUCGAUCGUAUCAUGUCGUGUGUCCGCUCGCUGUCAGAAUUUGCGCAAAGAAAGGAGAUCCAGACUGUGUUCCUUGAGGACACGCGGAAAUCGUUCCGAACCAUGGUGCAGACGGAGGAGAAGAAGCGAGCGGCCAAGGAAGCUUCGGAGAGGGCGAAAUCAGCCGUCAACGUCGAUGAUUCGUUCAACAUUCGCCAGCUCAAGAAGAAGGAUGCCGACGGUAUUGACGAAAUUGACCAAGACUUGGAACGAGCGACCGGAGGUGAUAGCGCUACUGAAGACCUUACAUCAAAACUCAGCCGAGUUGUACAGCUUACCGGUUUCUCUGAUUCGGUGUAUGCCGAGGCAUAUGUCAAGGUUCACCAAUUCGACAUUGUUCUCGACGUGCUUCUGGUCAACCAGACGACCGAGACGUUGCAGAAUCUCACGAUUGAGUUUGCGACGCUGGGCGACCUCAAGGUUGUCGAACGCCCGUCGACGCAGAAUGUUGGCCCACACGACUUUAUCAACAUCCAGGCGACCAUCAAGGUUUCGUCGACGGAUACUGGAGUCAUCUUUGGAAACAUCAUCUACGAAGGUGAGAAGGGCGUUGACUCGAACGUGGUCAUCCUCAACGACGUGCACGUGGAUAUCAUGGACUACAUCAAACCAGCACAAUGCACCGAGACGCAGUUCCGGACCAUGUGGACCGAGUUUGAGUGGGAGAACAAGGUCAACAUCAACUCCAAGGCCAAGAGUCUGCGCGAGUUCCUGAGCCAGCUCAUGGCAUGCACCAACAUGAGCUGCCUGACACCCGAGGCAUCGAUGAAGGGCGACUGCCAGUUCCUGUCAGCCAACCUGUACGCUAGGAGCGUCUUCGGCGAGGAUGCCUUGGCCAAUCUCAGCAUAGAAAAGGAAGGAGACAACGGGCCUAUUACGGGCUUCGUGCGCAUACGUAGUCGCUCGCAAGGUCUGGCAUUGAGCCUAGGCUCGCUGAAAGGACUGAACAAGGUAGGAGUGGCAUAGUGGCGUGAGUAGCACCCGUUUCGGAGGGGGAGCACGCAGAAAAGGCAAAGAAGGGGCCUGCUGGACUGUGGGCCGGGCCAGGGCGGCGAUGCAAGCAAAGUACAAAAGGGCAAUGUAGCAGCCGCAGUAUCAGCAGCAGCCGCAGCAGCAGCCGCAGCAGCAGCAGCAGCAUGGAAAGCUGGCGCAGACAUGAAUUGCAUCCGUUUCAACCUCGA